GAGGCAGCGAAGAGGAUGUGUGCGUCUCUUCAAACGGGCUUGAUUGCGUGUUUGCGAAUGUUUUGAACGAGGGUGGAUUUCUUACACUUUAAAACAUCCAAGAUCACACCUUCUACUGAAUUGAAUGCUUACGAGUCCCGAUAAUUCUGAUGGAAUUAUGUUGACAAUUCUGUAAUAUAAUUUAUUUUGCAAAUAUCUUUGAUCGCGACCAGAGAGGAAGACACUAUUAGCUUGCUCUAAUUAUAACGUUGUUACUUUAGGCUCCUUAUUCAGUAUACGCUACUACUGUCAACUGGAAUACACAAAGGAACAAGGUGGAAUAGUUUUUCUUCGUCCUAUUUCUGUUCUGCAACCCACAGAAGACCUGCUGUUGUAGGCCUAUGUGUUUCAAGUAAUGGAAGAGAGGUGUUUCAUUUUUUGACAAUCAAAUGUCAUAGUCAAAACGUACAGGACCGAGAGGGUGAGUGAGAUUGCCUAGCAGUAGCAGCGAUGUCUCAACUGUACUACCGGAGGACAGACAACUCUUCCUACAGGGACCGGAUCCCUCUGAGGAUUGUCAGGGCCGAGUCUGAACUGUCUGGCCUGGAAAGGAACUACCUGGGAGCAGUGGAGAAAGGAGACUAUGCCUCAGUCAAACAGGCUCUAGAGGAGGCAGAGAUCUACUUCCGGAUCAACAUUAACUGUAUAGACCCGUUGGGCCGCACAGCUCUGCUGAUCGCUAUAGAGAAUGAGAACCUGGAGAUUAUAGAGCUGCUGCUCACCUAUAACGUGUACGUCGGUGAUGCUCUCCUACACGCCAUCCGUAAAGAGGUGGUGGGGGCCGUGGAACUGCUGCUCAACCACAAGAAGCCCAGCGGGGAGAAACAGGUUCCUCCCAUCCUAUUGGACAAGCAGUUCUCUGACUUCACUCCUGACAUCACACCCAUCAUCCUAGCAGCUCACACCAACAACUAUGAGAUCAUCAAACUGCUGGUGCAGAAGGGGGUGUCUGUGCCCCAGCCACAUGAGGUGCGCUGUAACUGCAUGGAGUGCGUGUCCAGCUCUGAUGUGGAUAGUCUUCGACACUCCCGCUCACGUCUCAACAUCUACAAGGCCCUGGCCAGCCCAUCACUCAUAGCCCUCUCCAGUGAAGACCCUUUCCUCACAGCCUUCCAGCUCUCCUGGGAACUACAGGAACUCAGCAAGGUGGAGAAUGAGUUUAUGUCGGAGUAUGAAGAGUUAUCUCAGCAGUGUAAACAGUUUGCCAAGGACCUGUUGGACCAAACCAGAAGUUCCAGAGAACUAGAGCUGAUCCUGAACUACAGAGAUGACAUCAACCCUCUACUGGAUGAGAACACCAACGAUCUGGCCAGACUCAAACUGGCUAUCAAAUACAGACAGAAAGAGUUUGUAGCCCAGCCUAACUGUCAGCAGCUGCUUGCGUCUCGUUGGUACGAUGAGUUCCCUGGGUGGAGGCGUCGUCACUGGGCAGGGAAGUUCCUAACCUGUGUCUUCAUCGGCCUCCUCUUCCCCCUCUUCUCCCUCUGCUACCUGGUCUCUCCUACGAGCCGCUAUGGACACUUCAUCAGGCAACCCUUCAUCAAGUUUAUCUGCCACACAACGUCGUAUCUCACCUUCCUGUUCCUCCUGCUGCUGGCCUCCCAGCACAUCGUCUCUACAGACCCCAACAGACAGGGGCCGACUCCUACUGUGGUGGAAUGGAUGAUACUGCCCUGGGUACUGGGCUUCAUCUGGACAGAGAUUAAACAGAUGUGGGAUGGAGGGUUCCAGGACUACAUCCAUGACUGGUGGAACCUCAUGGACUUUGUUAUGAACUCUCUGUACCUGGCUACCAUUUCUCUGAAGAUCGUUGCCUAUGUCAAGUACAGUGGCUUCAGGGCCAGGAACGAAUGGCAGAUGUGGCAUCCUACCCUGGUAGCAGAGGCUGUGUUUGCCAUCGCUAACAUCUUCAGCUCCCUCCGCCUCAUCUCUCUGUUUACAGCUAACUCCCACCUGGGACCUCUACAGAUCUCUCUGGGCAGGAUGCUGCUGGACAUCCUUAAGUUCCUGUUUAUCUACUGCCUGGUGCUCCUGGCCUUCGCUAACGGGCUCAACCAGCUCUACUUCUACUACGAGACAGACGAGGGACUGAAGGGAUGUAAGGGCAUCCGCUGCGAAACACAGAACAACGCUUUCUCAACGUUGUUUGAGACACUCCAGUCUUUGUUCUGGUCUGUCUUUGGGUUGAUCAGUUUGUAUGUGACCAACGUGGAGGCAGACCACCAGUUCACAGAGUUUGUAGGGGCCACCAUGUUCGGAACCUAUAAUGUCAUCUCUCUGGUGGUUCUACUCAACAUGCUGAUCGCCAUGAUGAACAACUCAUACCAACACAUCGCUGAUCAUGCAGACAUUGAGUGGAAGUUUGCAAGAACCAAGUUGUGGAUGAGUUACUUUGAAGAGGGAGGGACUCUGCCUUCUCCAUUCAACAUCAUCCCGAGCCCCAAGUCAAUCUGGUACUUCAUCUGCUGGAUCAGGAAACACAUCUUCAAGAUCACCAGGCCCAAGAAAACAGAAACAUUUGGAACCAUAGGGAGACGGGCUGCUAUAAAUGUAAGAAUAAACCACCAGUAUCAGGAGGUUUUGAGGAACCUGGUGAAGAGAUAUGUAGCAGCCAUGAUCAGAGAUGCCAAGACAGAGGAAGGACUGACUGAGGAGAACUUUAAGGAGCUGAAGCAGGACAUCUCCAGCUUUAGGUAUGAGGUCCUGGGGAUGAUGAAGGGGAAGGUGGGGCCUGGGGGUGGGGGCGUGGGCGUGGCUAUAGCAGGAAGUAAACCCAGUGAAGUGGCAGGGGCCUCCAGUCUGGUCUACCCUGACCACUCCUUCAAGUACUCCCCCAAGUUCCCCCCGGCCACGCUUAAGACCAACAUGUUUCACGUCACCACAUCCAUGCUCCAGCAGAGGGCAGCCCCCUCCUCCACCUCCACCUCCACCUCCUCGUCCACAUCCCCUUCCACCUCUCAGGGCUUGAACCGACUGGUCAACGGCUCUGUGGUACCCUCUUGGACCUCCAAUGACACCUCCUCCAUCCCCACCUCCUCCACUUCCAUCUCCUCUCCCUCCUCCACUCCCUCCAUCAAAGACGGACUGGCCAGGAAAGAUAUCUGUGACUUUGGGCUCUACUCUGUGUCUGAGGAGAUGGGGGAGGCUGACCUGGAGGAGCUGGACUGUGAUGGAGAGAAGGAGGAGCAGGGUGGAGCGAGGGAGAGGACGUGUACAGAGAAGGAAGAAAACGAAGAGAGGGGAGAGUGAAGAGAGAAGGGUUCAUGUUAGAACAGACUGUUGAGGAUGAGACUGCUACGUAGAAUGACUAUAGAGUGAAUACUGUUCAAAAGAACACAAGCGAUUUGAAUGUAUCAUUAUGAUACGUCUUCAUGGAGACCUGUGUAGUAACUUGUCUUGCGACUCCAGAACCAAUUCAGCUCUCAGACUAAUAUAUUCUGGUCUAGAAGUAUAAGCCGGAAACCUGGAGACUAGAAGUCUGUUUCUUGGUUUGUGUACCAAAUAGCACUCUAUUCUCUAUAUAGUGUACUACAUUUUACCAGGGGACAGGGCUCUGGAACCAGACGACAUAGGGCUCUGGAACCAGACGACAUAGGGCUCUGGAACCAGGGGACAGGGCUCUGGAACCAGAGGACAUAGGGCUCUGGAACCAGGGGACAUAGGGCUCUGGAACCAGGGGACACAGGGCUCUGGAACCAGGGGACAUAGGGCUCUGGAACCAGGGGACAUAGGGUUCUAGAACCAGGUGACAUAGGGUUCUGGAACCAGGGGACAUAGGGUUCUGGAACCAGGGGACAUAGGGCUCUGGAACCAGGGGACAUAGGGUUCUAGAACCAGGGGACAUAGGGUUCUGGAACCAGGGGACAUAGGGCUCUGGAACCAGGGGACAUAGGGCUCUGGAACCAGGGGACAUAGGGUUCUGGAACCAGGGGACAUAGGGCUCUGGAACCAGGGGACAUAGGGUUCUGGAACCAGGGGACAUAGGGUUCUAGAACCAGGGGACAUAGGGUUCUGGAACCAGGGGACAUAGGGCUCUGGAACCAGGGGACAUAGGGUUCUAGAACCAGGGGACAUAGGGUGGGGUAAUUUGAGCCAAUUACCACGGGGUAUGUUGAGCCAAUGACCAUGGGGUAUGUUGAGCCAAUUACCACGGGGUAUGUUGAGCCAAUGACCAUGGGGUAUGUUGAGCCAAUGACCACGGGGUAUGUUGAGCCAAUGACCAUGGGGUAUGUUGAGCCAAUGACCAUGGGGUAUGUUGAGCCAAUGACCAUGGGGUAUGUUGAGCCAAUUACCACAGGGUAUGUUGAGCCAAUUACCACAGGGUAUGUUGAGCCAAUGACCAUGGGGUAUGUUGAGCCAAUGACCAUGGGGUAUGUUGAGCCAAUGACCACAGGGUAUGUUGAGCCAAUGACCAUGGGGU